UAUCCGUGUGUAUCCGUGUGUGUGUGUCUGUCUGUCUGUGUGUGUCUGUCUGUCUGUCUGUCUGUCUGUGUGUGUCUGUCUGUGUGUCUGUCUGUGUGUGUCUGUCUGUCUGUGUGUGUCUGUCUGUCUGUCUGUCUGUCUGUGUGUGUCUGUGUGUGUCUGUCUGUGUGUGUCUGUCUGUGUGUCUGUCUGUGUGUGUCUGUCUGUCUGUGUGUGUCUGUCUGUCUGUGUGUGUCUGUCUGUCUGUGUGUGUCUGUGUGUGUCUGUCUGUGUGUGUCUGUCUGUGUGUGUGUGUCUGUCUGUCUGUGUGUCUGUCUGUCUGUGUGUCUGUCUGUCUGUGUGUGUCUGUCUGUCUGUGUGUGUCUGUCUGUCUGUGUGUCUGUCUGUCUGUGUCUGUGUGUGUCUGUCUGUCUGUGUGUGUCUGUCUGUCUGUGUGUGUGUGUGUGUCUGUGUGUGUCUGUCUGUGUGUGUGUCUGUGUGUGUGUCUCUCUGUGUGUGUCUGUCUGUGUGUGUGUGUCUGUGUGUGUCUGUCUGUGUGUGUGUCUGUCUGUGUGUGUCUGUCUGUGUGUGUCUGUCUCUGUGUGUGUGUCUGUCUGUGUGUAUCCGUGUGUGUCUGUCUCUAUGUCUCUGUGUGUCUGUCUGUGUGUGUGUCCAUCUGUCAGUCUCUGUGUGUCUCUAUGUGUCUGUGUGUCUCUCUGUGUCUGUUGGUCCCUAUCAGUCUCUGUGUCCGUGUGUCAGGGUGUUUGUGUGUGUGUCUGUCCAUCUCUGUCAGGCUCUGUCAGUCUCUGUGUCAGUCUCUGUGUCAGUCUCUGUCAGUGUCUCUCUGUCUCUGUCAAUCUGUCAGUCUGUCUCUGUCAGUCUGUGUCUCUGUGUGUCUGUCAGUCUGUCUGUGUCUGUGUCUCUGUGUGUCUGUCAGUCUGUGUCUGUGUCAGUCUCUGUGUGUCUGUCAGUCUGUCAGUCUCUGUGUGUCUGUCAGUCAGUCUCUGUCUGUGUGCCUGUCUGUGUGUCUGUCAGUCUCUGUGUCUUUGUUCAGUGUGUUUGUGUGUCUGUCUCUGUCUGUGUCUCUGUGUCUGUCAGUCUGCCUCUGUCUGUGUGUCAGUCUCUGUCAGUGUCUCUCUGUCAAUCUGUCUCUGUCUAAGUCUGUGUCUCUGUGUGUCUGUCAGUCUCUGUGUCUGUGUGUGUCUGUCAGUCUGUGUCUGUGUCAGUCUCUGUCUGUCAGUCUGUGUCUGUGUGUCUGUC